UACAAAUUCAUACAUAAACUUGCUUAAACACAGCUUAGAUAGUCAGAAACAAUGUGACAAAAACAUGAAAUUGGCCUUUGAUUUUUCAUUUUAUGUUUUUCGGUGCGACAGUUCUAUUUCUAUGUACCAUAGGCAUUUCAUAUGAAAUGGAUAUCAAGAGUUACCUCCCGUACGCCACAAAUGUACUUCUUCCAUAACAAAAAACAAUCAAGUGGCAUACAUGAAGUCAAUGAUAUAUCACAUAUAUAAAUUGAAUCCUGGGGGAAAAAAUUUCUUUUUAGAACUUGCAUUGGUUAUUCAAAACAUUAUUGUGACCAAUUAUUCGACAUUAAUGCACGUACACCCUGUCUUUUGAACACGUUAAAACGUGUGCAUGGUUAAUGUCAGCCGCAUCUAUAUCAAACACGUGACAAGGUUCAAUGCUUACUACAAAAACAACGCCGCAUCUCAAUUUGUAUACAAGAUGAGUUGAACACAUGAUAAUUUGGGUUUUGUUUUGCAAAUGUUAAUUUCUAUAUAUUAAAAGAAGGAAAUUCGAAACCAAUCCAAAAACAAAUAAAAGAGAACUUAGUAUACUAUACAUGCAAUCAUUGGUUUAAUAAUUUCUUUAAUAUAAUAAUCACUAGAAACUCGUUUCCUAAGUCUUUUAUAUUAAAACGAAAUCCGGUAAAAUAUAUCUUAACAUCUGACGUUAACGGUUUUGAAUUUCUGGUGAAUUUAUUGCAACAUGUGCAGUCUUAGCAGUCUUAGCCAAUAAAGGGUCUAAAAUUCAUUGACUUAUUGUUCGUCGUGACAAGGGCAGAAUAUUACAUGCAUAAUCAGGACGUAACUUGUUAAUAUGAUAUGAAUAUAGACUACUAGACACGUAUGUUGUGUAGUAUUUUAACAAUGCUAUCUCACAAAGUAAUUAUCCACAUUGUCACAGGUUCGCAUAUCAUCCAAACUUUCCAUAUUUUCCCUGAUGUUGAUCCUUACCAACCAGUCUUUCUUGUAAAAUUACGGAAUUGUAAAAUAUUUAAUAUUUUGUUUCAUUUUUGAAUAAGAUACUCGUUGAUUGUUAAUAAGUGCGGUUUGAAUAAAUUAUAUGUUAUUAUACUUUUAAAGCUACUUGAACAUGAACCAAUAACUUGAAUAUUUUCGAUUUAAAAGCAUGUAGUGAGUGGUCUUGUCUAUAGUAAAUAAACAAAAUGAGAUGUCGGAUAAACAGCAAGCCUACGACUGAAAUAACAAAAAAAAAACAUCUUGAUAGGAAAUGCUUUAUUCUUUAAAAGACACGUGUCUAGACGAUAUAUCAAACUUUAAAUAAUCAACAGGUUGUGGAAGUUGUGAAUAUGAAACAGAAAUAGUCCUGCAAACAACGGGAAAAUAAUUUAGAUUUGACCGCAGAAAAAUUACUGAUGAAUAUUUUUACGUUAGACAGGCACAUUAAAAUGUGACAAGUUAAAACGAGUUAUUUUUUUUGUACAUCUCAAGCCAUCAAUUUUAAACUCUCGAACAGUAAAUAACAAUACGUGCAUGAAUGAACAUACUGUAGAACCAAAUACAGACAAAAAAGAAUUAUGUUCAACAUAAAUUAAAAAAAAAAUGAAAAAAAAAAAAUACUUUAUACUGUUUUAAAGAUUUUCGGCGUUACUGAAUGAAAGCUCGACUUAUUUUACCUGCUGAUAAAGAAUUAUAUCAUCCUUCACUUGAUAACAUUUGCUGUUUUUUACAGUAGAUGAACAUAAUACUGAUACAUGUCUGCAUCCGGAGCGUUUGUCUGGAUUUUACUCUUGUUCAAAGUAAUCGCAUGGUUUUCAUGAUGUAUAUUCUGUGCAAAGUGAGAAUAAUACUAAUACUAUAAUUAUCUUCAGACCGUUCGAAGUGCUUUUUAUAAAUUCACCUUUAUAAAAACUUUCGAAUCGAAAGCCAAGGAUGUAUAUUCACCUGAAGUCCCGAGGAACUAUAUGACCGAAAAGGACCUUGAAAGAAUCGCCGAAUUCAUCUAGAGUCAACUUAGUCUGAGGGAGUUGGCAGCUUAUUUUCUUGAUAAUGUUAUAAUUUGUCAACGGAUAAUGAUUUAGUCAUAGAUCAAAGUCCUCAGCAAUAGUUCCUAAGAUGUGAUCUUGAAAAAUGCCCCCUGAACAGAAAAAGAAAAGAAACGUUUUAAUUUGGCUUCAGACUAUAUUUAUUUUUUCCUGGUGAAUUAUUUGGUUUCCACAACCUUCAAUUUAAAUAUGAGUCCGCUUACCGUAAUCAUAGUAUUGUGUCAUAAACCUAGACCACUGUUAACAUUUUUAACGAUUUUAAGAUUUUUACACGUUCAAAUUUCAGGUUUAUCACGGGAGAGGUUUGUGUAUUUUAUUGAAGAAUUAAAAAUUUCGUUUUCUAGGGGGAAAAGAAGUCCGCUGCGACCUUUUGAAGUCAUCAUUGACAUGCAAAAGUCACAAUUUCGCCACGCAUUUCAGGAUAGACCAACCAAAUAAAUGCAUUUAUCAUGUUUAUUGUAUCACUAAAUCAUAUCAAAUCCUGUACAGUGUGAUACGAAAUAUAAAUCUUGAUGAGGGGUAAAGAUAACAGUCUGUAACCAUUGAAGUAUUUUUAAAGCGCAGGAGAUAACGGAACACGGAUGCUGAGUGUAUAGUUUGCAGUGAUGAGACAUAUUUGACAACCCCUUUGUACAAAUAUCUUUUUUAAAAAUGGCAACAGCACAACCAUCAUGCGAUAUUUGUCUUAACCUGCACGUGACAAAAUCUGCCAGCGUGUGGUGUUCCGAGUGUGAAGAAGCAAUAUGUGAAGACUGCUAACGAAGGCAUCGCGUACAGAAAGCGACUAAAAAUCAGAGGACAAUGCCAAUAGAAGAUUAUCAAGAGUUACCACUAUAUAUUACCAACAUCAAGCUGGAAUGUGAAGAUCACAAUCAAAAGUUAGAUUUCUACUGUUCCAUUCACAACGAACCUUGUUGUAUGCGUUGUGUUUCGGAAAAACACAAAGACUGUCGGGAACUUAAACCAUUGCCGGAAGUAGUCGAAGGAGUCAAGUCGUCUGCAGCGUUCUGUGAUUUAGAGGACAGAGUAAAAGAUUUGAGACAAGUGAUUGAUCAAAUGAUUAAAGAAAAAUUAGACAACAAAUCGAAUUUAGAGAUUCAGAAGAAAGCGAUCAUUGCCGAGGUUGAACAUGUCCGAAAAGCAAUAAACAAACAUUUAGACACAAUACAAGCUGAAAUACUGAAAACGCUAGGGGUGGACGUAGGACGACAAGCAGAUACUAUUGUUUGCUUGGUUGGAAAACUCGGAAAACUGAAACAAAAUGUUGAUGAAAUAGCGACGGCUUUGAAGAAAGCAAAGCACCAUGCAUCCAAUUUUCAGACUUUUCUUUGCGUUUAUAAUUGGAACCGAAAGAUUGAUACCCAAGAGAGAAAACUGAAGUUAAUUCAAAGUGACACGGGUAUGGCGAAUAUUUUUCUUCAAAUCAAAAUGCAUCCAUUUUUAGAUUGGUUAGAAAGAGACCUAUCCGAGUUCGGGAAGUUAGAGGUAAGCUUUUCCCCACCGAUGAAACUUGUUUUACGGAAGGAUAAACAAGGCCAACAGCUGUUGGUCCCGUCGCCACAUUCUAUAAGUAAAAUAAAACUGUCUAAACAUUGUUCGUUUCAUAUAUCAAAGGAGAAAUCAGAAUGCCUGAUAACAGGAUGUGAUAUGUUUGAGGACGGACGAAUCGUAGUUGCCUAUUGUAGCAAUGUAAAGAAAAGACUUGUUGUUAUGAAUUGUGAAGGUGCUUUUGUCAAUAAAAUAAAACUUGCGAACAGACCGUUUGAUGUUACAGUAAUAGACCCAAACACAGUAGCUGUAACAUUGUUUGUAAUAAAGAACAUUUGUACAGUAGACGUUAACUCUUCCAAGAUAUUACGGACAAUAAGAGUAAAUGAGAACUGUUACGGGAUAUGUUUUGUGGAUGGAAAACUCGUCGUCAGUUUGGCAAACCACGUUUUGCAAUUCGUUGAUCUGUCUGGUAAUGUCUUGUCGAACGUACCAAAAAUAGAUAAUGCAUCUUACUGUUCAGUGAUGAAGAACAAAAUGUAUUAUGCGCACAAGAUAAUGAUGUUAUAUACUGUUGCGAUAUGAAUGGAAGCGUUCAGUGGAAAUUCAGUUGUGCAAAAUCCUAUUUCCCAAACGGUAUAUCAAAUGAUGCAUCUGGAAAUGUUUUCGUGACAUGUAGAGAUGUCAACAAGGUCAUUGUGAUUGAAUCUAGUGGGACAAAGAUGAAGGAGCUGCUUACCAGUGAUGCUGAGCUAAAACGGCCGAUAGCAAUCAAUUACAAUCGGCAAUCUAACAUACUUCUUAUUUGUAAUAUAUAUGGACAAUGCUUUAUAUACAAAAUCACAAAUUGAAAUAGUUCAUCGCAGUAGUGAAAUUUUAGAAUCCUUCGAUAAAAGAUAUCUCGAAUUUUGUGAAUAACGAGUUUUCCACAGUAUAAUAACAUAAAUGAAUGCCUAAACUGAGCAGUUAUAUGUUCCUAAUGAUAACAAUGAAUACCUGUUAUAAAAAGUUUUUUUUAAA